UCAAUCUAUUAUCUAUGGGUUUCAAAGUCAAAAAUAUUAUGGAAUUAGAAAUUGUUGUAAAUCAAAAGUUUCUUGUACUAUAAAUACCCAACUACAUUUAAUUUGCUAUUUUAUUUGUCUAUUUUAUGGAUUGUAAAAAUGAAUUUGGCACAAGAAAAUAACUUUGCAAAUGGCUUGUUAUAUGUUGGAUUCAAUCAAGAUCAAGGUUGUUUUGCUUGCGGAACGGAGAAUGGUUUCAGAGUUUUUAACAGUGAUCCGCUUAAGGAAAAAGAACGGCAAAAUUUUGCCGAAGGAGGUCUCUCGUACGUGGAAAUGUUGUUCCGAUGUAACUACAUGGCUUUAGUGGGAGGAGGAAAGACACCUGUAUACCCUCCUAACAAAGUUAUAAUAUGGGAUGACCUGAAGAAGGAUUCUGCUAUCGCUCUAGAUUUUAACAGUCCUGUUAAAGCUGUGAAAUUAAGAAGAGACCGGAUAGUUGUUGUUUUGGAAAAUUUAAUAAAAGUUUAUACAUUUACUGCUCAGCCUCAACUACUUCACAUAUUUGAAACUUGUCAGAACCUUAGAGGGCUGUGUGUUGUCUGUCCUAAUAGCAAUAAUGCUUUGUUAGCUUAUCCUAGCAGAAAAACUGGACAUGUUCAGUUGGUGGAAUUAAGCAGUCAUGCUGGUACCAGUACAGCCCCAGAAGGACACUUAAUUGUAGCACAUGAAGCUCCACUAAGUUGUCUUGCUCUCAAUGUUGGAGGUACUCGGUUAGCUACUGCAUCAACCAAAGGAACUCUUAUAAGAGUAUUUGAUACAAACACUGGCCAAAAACUUGCAGAAUUACGAAGGGGUGCAAAUCAGGCAACAAUAUACUGUAUAAACUUCAACCAUACAAGCACAAAUCUUUGUGUGGCAUCAGACCAUGGAACAGUACAUGUCUUUAGCCUUGAUGAAGAGAAAUUAAACAAGCAUUCGAAUUUAGCAUCUGUAUACCUCCUGCCAAAGUAUUUCUCAAGUAAUUGGAGUUUUUGCAAAUUCACAAUUCCAAAUGGACCACCCUGUAUUUGUGCUUUUGGUGUAGACAAAAGCUCUAUUAUUGUGAUUUGUGCCGAUGGAUCAUACUACAAAUAUAAAUUUAAUGAAAAAGGAGAAUGCAACAGAGAUGUGUAUGCACAAUUUCUUGAGACAUCUGAAGAUAGAUAAACAGCUACUUUGCUGACAACGGGCCUGACUCAGAAUUAGUUGUGAGCUACUAAUUUCUUUACCUUAUUUGGGUAAAUUAGUAAUUUUCUAAAUGAGAAAAUUAAAUUAGAGACUGCUACAUUAUCUUAGAUACUCUCACUUAGGAUGCUUGUCAUUCUCACAGCACAAUUCAUGCUACACCUUCUUUAGAUCAUAGAACAGCGUUUUUCUGAGAUUUAAAUUUUGACGUGAUUGAGUGGAAUGUCAAUGAAUUUAAGUGGUCCAUGAGGCUCUUAUGUACAUACUAUGAGUUAAUUCUUAGUUACCAUGACUGUCAAACAUGACUUUUAUGUUUAAUUUUUUGUGCAUUGUAAUAUACACUUAAUAUGAAGGAUUCAAGAAUAUAAUAAAAGUCAUGGUAAUUUACUGGCAAUAUGUUGGUUUUACAUAGGAUCUUAUAUCAAAUAUAUAAAAAUCUAUAAGGGCAAAUUAUUGCAAAGUAUAUUUCAUUAGAUCCAUCCCAAUCUAUGGCAAUAAAUGCUAAUAGAUAUGAUGAAUUCUAAAAUUGAUCAAUCAUAACAAAAUCCCCUAAGAUCUCUAAAAUUUAUAUUUAACCUAAAACUAUUUCCUACAGAAAACUGACUGAAUAUGAAUUGUGAUAAGUUGUUUCAUUAAUUAUAUUAUAUUUCGAUUUCACUUUGCAUUACAUUAUGGGGUAUCCUAAAAAUUAUGACUUUCAAAAUUCAAGUUGAUUAAACAUUUUGAAGGUACAUAUUAUGUCUUAAUUGAUGAAUAAAGUCUAUCUCUUAUAAAUAGGAAUUUUGUCCUUUGUUUAACUGUCCUAUAAAAGUAUUAAUUGUAACAAAACCACUUGAAAAAGUAAUUAAUUCUAUCAUUUGAGUGGAGAAGUCAUAACAUUGUCAUUUUUAUAUUUUUUUAAUCCAUGAUACAAUAGAAAUUCCGUAGUGUGAUUUGUAUGUUUAUAUUGUUAAUAAAUUAUAGAAAGUAGAAAAUGAAUUUAUGAAACAUAUUUAUUAUCAGUGAAACUGAAUUGUAAAUAUAAAUGAAAUUAUCCUGUGGUUUUCGGCAGAUGUUACGAAUUAUCGUCGAAUAUAUUAUGCAAAUGGCGGUAUUAAAUUUCAAUAUAUCUAAUCUAGUCUUUGUAGAAAAAUGACAAGGAAUAUAAAUUUGUAUUUUACAAGGUAAAAGCCCAUUGCUAUAUUUUUUCUUGAAGAUUAACAAGUCAUUGACCUUUGAUUAAUCAUAAUAAAAUUUAAUCUGUUUUAUUAUAGGUCUAUGAAUUUCCUAAUUAUUCUUAAUUUGAAAAUGUAAUGCCACAAGCAUAUCUUACCCACAUAACCUUUAGAAAUUAAACUUUAAUCGAACAUGAUGCGUUCGUAUAUAUUUAUUGGUAAUGCAUAUCUUAAAAAUAUCGCCGUUUAGUAUAAACAAAAUUUAUUGUAAAUAAAGAAUAAAGUUCCUUUGAUAUUUUAA